AUGUCGACCAACAAAGCCUCCAGAAUAGGAGAAGAAACGAGAAUCGAUAAAGUGAACGCGGAACUGGUCACAUUAACGUACGGAACCAUUGUCGCCCAAUUAUGCCAAGACUACGAUAGCGAUUAUCAAGAGGUGAAUAAGCAACUGGACAAGAUGGGAUACAAUAUUGGCAUGCGAUUGAUCGAAGACUUCCUGGCCAAGUCGGGAGUUGGCCGUUGUGCUAAUUUCCGCGAGACUGCGGAUAUGGUUGCGAAAGUGGGAUUUAAGAUCUUUUUGAACGUUGCUCCAACGGUCACCAACUGGACCAGUGACAACAAUCAGUUCUCAUUGAUCUUCGAGGAUAACCCUCUGGCGGACUUUGUGGAAUUACCUGAUGAUGGGCGGGCCCAAGAUGAGCUUUGGUUUUCAAACAUCCUCUGUGGUGUUCUUCGGGGAGCUCUUGAAAUGGUUCAAAUGCAGAUCGAGGCACACUUUGUGAGCGAUGUGCUGCGUGGCGACGACACUACGGAGAUGCGGGUCUCACUGGUGCGAUACAUCGAAGAUGAGAUGCCUCCCGAGGAGGAGUAA